UUUCUCACGAACUUCAUCCAAAGCAAAGCACCCAUCAAAUCUGGGAACGACACCUAAGCUCUUCUUUUAUUAGCAACGUUAUCAUAUCUUAUUGAGUCAUCAUGAACCGUGGGAACACGACCUCAUCAUCUGUCAUGGCGGGCAAUGAGAAUGAAACUUGCGGCUGCAUCGAUGAUGGCUACUCUGGCAGGUGGGACUUCAGAACCUGCACUCAUUGCGGUGGGCACGAAAGAAAUCCAUGCAAAACAUGCGACUCCCGAGGUGUAGUCAGAGUCCCCUGCCCUCAUGGGGCUGCUGGCCAAGCUCAAGCUCUGAGCUCUCGGCCAAGGGUUGAUGAUCAGAAUAACAAACCGGGACCCAAGGGACCGACGGGACCGACAGGCCCGGGUCAAGGUGUCGCCGGUGCCGGCUGCCACUAAACCACGACAGCCGGCGCCAUUAUUUGGUUUCCUGAGAGGAACAACCAGAUAAACUCCAUACAUAUCUAAUACAACGUUCAUUUUUUUUCUCGAGGUUUGGUUUGGGCUCCGGCUUCGUAUAGGUAUAGGGUACAGGGCGUUGGUGUUAUGGGCGGACGGCUCAUCCCAGUUCCACUGCGUUAGGCACCGCGUUCG